AUGAAUAGUGUGAGAGGACUCUUGGCUGCCUCCGUAAUUUCUGUCCAGAACUCCUGCUUCAUCUAUCCUGCCUGUCAAAAAUGCUUUUCUAGGCUGAUACUGGAUUCUAGAAGGUUUAACUGUCUAAAAUGUGGCUGCACAGGUGAAGCUAAAGACACAGGCUACAGGUAUAGAUUGUCCCUAAAGAUUGCUGACACUAGUGAUUUGUUUGACAUUACUGUGUUUGGAAGUUGCUUAGAUCCAUUCUUUGGGGUCACUGCGGAAAAUCUGCAGAGGUGUAUUCAAGACUUCCAUCAUCUGUCAGGAGAAACAAACACAGAUGCAUCUCCAGGAGUGUUAGUUCAAGCAGUGGAAUCCUGUUUCAUUGGAAGAAGAUUUAUAUUUGGAGUGAAGGGUUGUGCAAGUGAAGAUGGAGGGUGUUCUGCUGCCAGCAGCAUCUUGCAAAACUGUUCCAGAAUUAAUAGAAAUACGAAAAACCUUACAGCUUGCCAGAUCUUCCUGCCAAACACUGCUGUUACCGGCUUUACUGUUAUCAGCUACUUCCAUCGGCUCCUGCAGUCAGCAAAAUUCAGGAGCUGUAAUAGCAGCUCAUACUUAUCCGAUGCAUCUUCAGCUCCAGUAGAUGAACCUGUCAGUGAGCUCAGCAGCUUGUCUAGCCUGAGCAGAAACUCCCGUUUUGUUCAGUCUAGUGGCAGGGAAAGUUUUUUAGAGUCCUGGCAGCUGUCCUUCAGCCUGACUUCAUCUGUUGCUUGGGCAACAGCAGAAGACUUUCCCACUCCUGAAGUAGGAAAGCUGGUGAGUGAACAGCAUGAAGAAGAAGGGAGGCCUGUCUCUGCAGAAUCAUGCAGUGUAAGCCUCAACAAUCAAACACCUUGGGAUUCACGGUUUUGCAGCUCUGCUGUGAAGGAAGAGGAUAAAGAGGAGGAUAAUGAAUUGAGUUCACAGCCUAGUCGAACUGACAGUACCUCUGCAACUGAGAAAUUAGAGAGAGUAUCCUCUUCAAAGACUGAGUGUUCACAUGGAAGCAGUUCCAGGUUUUUACAACAUCCCUUGGAAUCUGGAGUGAAAAGCAUUUACCCAAAGACUAAUAGUAGAAAUCAUUCUUACAGAGAAAAAUCCCACAACUCCCUCUUUUACAAGAGAGAUGCCUCAGCUUCUCAUCACGUCAAUGUAGCUGGAGUGUCUCAGGUGGACUCUAUGCUUUGGGAUGACCUCCCAUUCUCAGAAAGCCUAAAUGAAUUUUUAGCCAGAAUAGAAGAUGGCAAGAGUGUUGUAACAUUACCCAGCCUUGAAGCAGGCAAACAUGCCCUUCUUGAAAGUAGCAAGUUGGGUGUAAAUCUUCACAAAGCAUAUCCCAGGCAAACCCUAGUAGCUGGCAGUUUGCCUGAAGUGAGUGUUUUGGGGAGGUUCUGUCCACCAGCAGAGAAUGAUAGCUGGGAAAAUGUGGUGUUUGCUUGCCUUCAGUCAAAUGCAAAUCCUCUGAGCGAUGAGGUGUCACAAUGUGAGUCUUCCUCUAGUGUUUUGUUUUCAGCUGACAAGUCCUUGCCAGUUACAUCAGAGCUUUCUGUUUCUGAGAGCAGAUACGUGCAGUCCAAAGAAGCAAAUACUGACAUUUCGAAGUCAGCUUGCUCUUUUAUUAGUCUGCAGUGUACUGCUGAACAUGGAGAAACCUCCUGUUUAAGAAGCAGCAAGGCAGCUACCUGUGUACAUUCUGCACAUGAUAGCUCUUUAGCUGGUUGUGAAAAUAAAGAAAAUUCUUUUUCUACACCAAGCCAAAGAGCAGAUCUUACAUUCACAGGGGCAUGGGACUCUGAUCCAGCAACUCCCAACAUUACAAGAAAGACACAUAAAAGAGAAUUAAAACCAUUGACAGAACUGUCAGAAAAUACCUUCAAAAUUGUUAAUAGGAGAGAGAUGCUGUGGAACAAUAGCUUCCUUGAAGGCAGUUACAAUGCUUCUGCUGAUCUCUUUGAUGCAAGUGCAAGAGAGGUAUCAAAACCUGUAGAAUUUUUAAAUAAAUCAUGUGAUUCUUUAGUACAGGAAGAUACUUUGACAGAAAAGGUCACAGCUCCUGAAUUGGUGCUUUAUCCUGGAGAUGUUCCCUGUAACAGUUCAAAACAGAGCUCAUCCCUACAUAGGUCCCCUCCUGCUUUUAGUAAGCACAGUACACCAGUAACUUACUCCUUUUGGGAUUCGGAAUGCAAUUCAGUUAGUGUGCAGGACUUUGUUCCUUAUUCACAGUCAACUCCUAUGACAAAACCUCUCCAGAAACUGUGGCCUGUUGGGGAAAGAAGCUCUUUUGUCACUAUCUUCACCCCUAAAAAUCCCACUAAAAUCCAUUCCAAAGGCAAGCGGUCUAGGUCUUCCUUUCAAAACACUCUGUUGCAGCAGCUUACUGGCAGGUUAGUGAAACGUGAAAGGCCAGGUAACAGGGAAGACAAAGAAAAUAAUAGCUCUGUUUCACAGCAGUUCCUUAACAGCCAACCGCGUGCCAGCUUUGAGGACUGGAUCCCUCCAUCUGCAAACAAAAGGUUGAAACCAACUGCAUCUUUAAACUUAAAAACAGUUGGCUGGACUACUACUGACUUGCAAUCGACCUGUGGGCACACUGGCAGGAACUCUAUUUCUGAAAGGAAAGACAGCAGUGAAAAUUACGUGUGCUUCAGAAAUGAGAAAUUAAACCUUGGAAAUACAGCCAGGAUUCUAUCAACUCCUGUGUCUGCAGGUGUCACCAAGGCCUUGUUUUUAAAUGAUACAGUCCUGGAAACUUGUUGCCCUUCAGAAGGCAAGAAUGUCCUCUCAAGUGCAAAUUAUUCAGCAGGUAUCUUGGGAGGGGUAACUGGCUGGUCUCCUGAGUUGUUCUUCCAAACACAGAGCUCUUUUUCCGGUAAGCCCAAACACUAA